GGACCGGCGGAGGCGCCUCUCCAAGUCUUAGACUGCGGAGUCUAAGACUUAAGAGAGAGGAGCCCCGGAGGAGAUUGACUUUUUCCUUCCCUUCUCCCACUCCUUUUUGCGGAGAGGUAGGCAAAGACGCGGAGCUUUAGAAAGUUGAGGUUCUUACCUCGGAAGGUGCACCUUCAUCGGCUCCAGCAGCCGAUGCGCAUCGGAGCCGCUCUCUGCAGAGUCAGAGGGCGCGUUGGCUUUCCGGUGAGUGCCCCAGAGGAUGGAUCGUAGGUCUCGAGCUCAGCAGUGGCGCCGAGCUCGCCACAACUACAACGAUCUGUGCCCACCUAUUGGCCGCCGGGCUGCCACCGCGCUCCUCUGGCUCUCCUGCUCCAUCGCGCUCCUCCGCGCCCUUGCCACCUCCACCGCCCGCGCCCAGCAGCGCGCGGCUCAGCAGCGCCGGAGCUUCCUUAACGCCCACCACCGCUCCAGCGCCCAGGUAGUCCCCCAGCCCCCCGAAUCUGACAGCGAGCUCGAGCACGAGCACGAGGAGGCCGAGCCCGAGCCCGAGCCCGAGCCCGCCCUCCCCGAGUGCUUCCAGGAAGAGUCUGACUACGAGUCCGAGACAGAGAGCGAGACCGAAUCUGACAUAGAAUCCCAGACCGAGACCGAGACCGCCCCCACCACUGAGCCCGAGACCGAGCCCGAGGACGAGCGCGGUCCCCCUCUGCCCAUAAUCCCCAAGGGCCCCUCCUUUGGCCAGUCUCUCACUGAGCGUCUCAACGCUCUGAGACUGAGAAGCCCCGACGCCUCCCCGAAUCGCGCGCAGCCUAACACUCGGGAGCCCCAGAGCCCCACUGAGGGGGAGGAGCCCAAGCCAGAAGACAAGGAUCCGCGGGACCCCGAAGAGUCCGCAGAGCCUAAGAGAGAGGAGAAGAAGAAGCAGCGCGGCUGCAAGCCCAAGAAGCCCACCCGCCGCGACCCAUCCCCGGAGUCCCCUCCACCCAAAAGGGGACCCAUCCCCAUCCGUCGUCACUAAUGGCUGACGACGGAUUCCAGGUUCUCCUUGUUUUCUUUGGACCAGUUUUCCUCCCCACUGAUCAGAGGAUGAAGAGAUGAAGACAACCAGCCAGCAGAGACUAAAGAUGGGAAGACAUCCAAGAACAAGAGACACCCUGCAGCACCCAACUGGACAGUAGAUAGAUAUUCGGGACACCACCUCGUGCUCCCCAGGAGGACACAGCACCCACUCUGCUCCCUGGGCCACCUCUGCUAGACUUCUGUACUGCCGCCAGCACACCGCCAACUUCAUCUAAAUAGUACUCGUAUUGCAUCCACAUUAACACCUCUCUCUCAUCAAUACAUCUGCACACUUGUGGGGGAUCGCCAUUGAUUAGGGCUGGUGGAUUCCUGGCCUCACGGGCACGCGCCUUGCAGGGAGGGGUGGGUGACAGUCCCCGCACCGCGCCGCGCGCACGCUAACCGGGAAGCUGGAGGUGGAUGGAGCUGAAAAGACAUUAAUUAGUUGUUUGUCAAAUGACAUUUGGUUGGUUUGGGCUUUUUUUUCCCUUUGAUUUUUUUUGGGAGAAAAAAAGUGUGUGGGGGGUUUGGGAUACUAUUAACUCCAAGGAGCCUUUUCUCCUUUUUCUUAUUUGAAGGUGCUACUUUGGGGGGAGGGCAAAUAACUAAAACAAAGUAAGUUGUUGAAAUGACCAGAAGAAUUACACAAACACUAAUUAGUAUGGAAGUUUCUCAUUAAGUAAUUUGGCCAUCUGAGUUAAUUUGUGAGUUUGCUAGGUUAAGACCUAGUUCAUGGUCACAUUUCAAGAAAACAGUCUAAUUAUAAAGAAUAAAAAUAUAAAAGGCUGUUUUUGCUUUGUGGUGGUGUUUGGUUUGCUUUUUAUUUUUCCUUAUGGGUCAAGUCUUUUGUUCUCCUGAGUUCAGAUUUAUGUAAAGCAGAAAGUUAUGUGAAAAUAAGUCUCCUUGGUGUAUGUGUAUUUAUAAUUUUAAUAAUUAAAUGUUAUAUAUUGUUAAGAUCUUGCUUGAAACUUCUAAAAUAAUUGUUAUUUGAAUAUUAAUGUGCAUAUAAUUUGAUUUCAAAGUAUAAGACUAGAAAAGUCUAGAAUAAUUCUUGAGAGUAUCUGAAUACUAAUUUAAACAAAUGUGAUGCUAAUAUGCCUUAAAUUUCUAACACCUUUUGCAGUGAUUACAAAGUCUGUACUUAGUUUGAGUCUGUUACUCUGAGCACACCUUGGCACUGUGGGCUAAUUUCCCCCCAGGUGUCUUAUCCUGUAAGACUACAAUUUGUCACUUUUUUUUUUUUUACAGUCCCUGGCACAGAGG